AUGGCCCGCCGCGGCACAAGACUAAGCACCAAGACGGCACCAUCAACGCCCAUCACCACCUCAAGAUCAACCCCAGCCGCAAGAGUCACAAACAAGGACCCGGAAACAAUCUCGUUCCCCUCGCCGACAGACUUCAACGCCUGGCUCCUCACAAACGGCACAACCACCCCGUCGGGCAUAUGGCUCAAGAUUGCGAAGAAGGCCUCGUGCAUCCCGAGCGUCUCGUACGACGAGGCCAUCGACACGGCGCUCUGCCACGGCUGGAUCGACGGACAGCGCAAGGUCCUCGACGGGAACUACUUCGUGCAGCGCUUCACGCCGCGCCGCAGGAACAGCCUUUGGUCGAAGCGCAACGUCGACAAGGCAGCCGCGCUUGUGGCCGCGGGCCGCAUGCACGACACGGGCAUGGCCGAGGUGGAUGCCGCCAGGGCGGAUGGGCGGUGGGACAGCGCGUACGCGGGGCCGGCGACGAUGCAGGUGCCGGCGGACUUUGCGGCCGCGUUGCAAAUGAACCAGAAGGCGGGUGAGGCGUUUGAGCGUUUGGGGAGGAGCGCGAGGUUCCCGUUCUUGUGGAGGGUGACGACGGCCAAGAAGGAGGAGACGCGGCGGAGGAGGAUUGACACGUUCGUGGAGAUGCUGGCUAGGGGGGAGACUCUGACUUGA